UUUUUCUGCAGCCUUCAAGGGUAUCGAGCGCUGAAGCGUAGGACCUGAGGGAAACAGUCAUGUAUCGUCUCUCUAAAGUAGCCGCGAACGUCGUAGCUCGCGGGAUCCGCCAGGCUGCAGUGCGACAAAACCAUCAUACCAGCGGCCCAGACUUCCAUGACAAAUAUGGCAACAUUUUGUUGCUCUCUGGAACCGUUUUCUGUUUGGGUAUCUGGGGAUAUGUGAUAACACAGACUGGAAUCACCUGGAACUUGUCUCCAGUUGGCAGAGUCACCCCCAAAGAGUGGCGCGAGUAAAGAAGGUGGCCCUGUGACGUCCUACAGAUACAAAAAUCUUCUGAACUGUUCUGUUGUACUUUCCCUGACCAGGUUCUGUUAUGAUGCUGGCUUUAUAUAUGUAAUAAAUGAAGAACUUGAAUCUGA